UAAGAGCGAGUAGGCGCUGUGUAUAUAUAUAUAUAGAAAGACAGGUAAAUUCAGGUAGAGAACAGCAGACUUAUUCAGGUGAAUGAUGUGGUUUAUGGUAGCUAUAGUAUCCCUCACAGUGUUGGGCACACAUGGACAACUAAAUAACACGCACACAGCAGGGGGGAUAACAAAUGGAGUCGGAAACCAAAACGCCCAACCAGUCUUAAGCAACGCAGAAGCAAUCAAGGUAGCAGAGACGCUUGUUGACACAGCCAAUCAGCUUCUUUCUAUUCUCAAACGAGGCAGUGCUCCCAGCGCGAAAUCUCCAGAGAAGGAUCCUUUGUAUGGAGGUCUCACCACGCUUCCUCCUUUUCCCACCACGGACGCUUAUUCUUUUUUCACCAGUGUGACUGGAGCCCCCGCCGCUCUCUGUCCCAACGGCCGUCCCCAGGCUCAAUGUAGUCCCGACCCCUGUCUAACCUGGGAGUGCGCCAACAUUGCAGGAGUACAGUGCGAACGAACAUGCGACUCCUGUGAUCCAAUGUUUAGAACACGGGGAAGUGACGUCACAUCAAUCUGUGAGAUCAGGCGUAUUCCCCGCCCUCUACACAUGAUGGCCGCUCCAUUCUCACCGUUCGAUACAUUCGCUUCUGAAGGUUUGCAUCCUAUUGAGAGAAUGUUUCUUAGAGGAACCUUCCCGGCCAAAUAAUACUCCUCAUUUUGUCUCUAACCAGCACAUGGUGACGUCAUAAAUGCCGGGAAUUUGAAUGAUUCAACAGAUUAUUGGGACUGUAUAGUAGAUGCUGUUUGCAUGUGGAAUUUUGAAUUGUAGAUACAAUAUCAUUAAACAGUUGGUCAAUAAACCUGCAUGUCUGACAAUCGUAUACAGGUUUUUAAAAGUUCUUCUGUACGAAAUGGUGUAUUUUAUAGCAACCUCCUUCAGUCAAAUGUAUUUUAUAGCAACCUCUUUCAGUUAAAUGUAUUUUAUAGCAACCUCUUUCAGUUAAAUGUAUUUUAUAGCAACCUCCUUCAGUCAAAUGUAUUUUAUAGCAACCUCCUUCAGUUAAAUGUAACCUUCUUUUCUACUUUUAGUUGUUGGUAUUUUGGGUAACGUUUUAUGCAUUGUGGAGUCAUUAUGGGAAUUUUUGACCUAAUGAUGUCUUAUUUCAAUCAUACAUGAAAGAGCAAAUGUUUUUUCGUUUUCAUAAAUUGAAUUGAUAAUUUCACAAUUUGACAUAAUAUGAUACUACAUAUCCUAUAAAACAAAUUCAUGAUAAACCAAAACAAUAUCUAUAUAAAUGCAACAAAAAAAGUCAUCAUUCAUUGUUUUACACAAGUAAAGAAAAGAAUAAUAUUUAAUGAUUUAUAGAUUGAUGGAAAGAAUUUAUCAAAAUGACAUUAUAAGGUCCUUUAGAGAAUUAAAAAGUAGUUUUUCCCUAUACCAAACAUGUAUUACCCCAUUUGCCACUGAUGCAUAAAACAAAGUAGACUCUAUACAAUAAGCCAAGCAUGUGUCUUUUCAACCAUUUAUUUCUGAUGCACGAAACAUCUGUGAUGUUGUAAUUGUUCGACGACAUUACAAAUGACGUCAGAGGUUUGUAUUGCAGUAAUAAGUGCCCUUGACCUAGAUUUCCUGCCGGGAGACUACCUCGACAAACUUCGGGAAGAAACUCAGACCUCGACAGCACGGCCGUCACAGACCGUAAACGAAGAUAACUAUCUGAACUCUGAUACAGUGAGGGUAAAUAAAAAAGCAAACAAGAAAAAAGUUGCCAAGAAAAAAGACAAAAAUAAGAUUUUGCGGAAAAUUCAAAAACCGGAAAGAAAAACCCCAACCACCACCCCGAUUCCGCGUGUUUUGUCAAAACCAGAUAUCAGAAGAAUCCAACAACCACCACUUAGUAGGGAAAACAUCACUGAAAAAUCACUUUCAAUUACCAAAAAUCAAAUCUAUCAACCGAAUUACCAAUCAAAUUCAGUCCUAUCAUCCCUUGUUGACCAAAUACCACUGACUGCUCUGACACACUUGCUUCCUGGAAUAAGUAGUUUGAUAGAGUCUAGAAAUAGAGUUUCUACCAAAAAUCAGGGAACAGAGCUUUCACGUGUUGUCCAGGUACCAGUUGAUUUCCAGUCACCGACUCCAACAAAUACAGUCGUUCAGUACAAAAACAGAGAGACACAGGUACUUCCCCUAACUCCGUCCCAGUACAGGCGAAUUAACCGUCAUCCCAAUAGAAACGCUAUUUUACAGAGUCUAAGAGAUAUCCUUGGAGCUCGGCCACUGUCUCACAUGCUUCAAGUUCCUGUAUCGCCGAGUGGUUCACAACCGGAGGUCAGGCAGAAAUCCAGUGCGCAGAAUCUGAAUGUUGGCCAAAGCAAUGUAAUUGACGUUAGUAUACCGUUCCAAAGAAAAGGGAUGGGUCCGCUUAAGUUCUUUAACUGAAAUCCUUAAAAUUAUUUGUGUGCUUUUUGUUUAAAUGAACAUUAUCUUAACUGUUAUUGGCUUCUAUUUUUAACUGUGUCUUGUUCACGAUACGGGCAGGUAUAUUGCCUUUUUACAAUGUUCCAAGUUUCUUUUGAUACAGUUUUGCAAUUUAAACUCUGAGGUUUAAUUGACUUGUAACAUUGUAGAACUCGACAUAAUUGAUUCGUUUCUUGAGGAAUAUGUAUAGCUUACAGACAUUGGUCUUAGAAAUAUACAUAUACCUAUAGAUUCAAUCAUCCUUCCUUUAUUUCAGUAUAAUGUUUUUAUCUAAGGAAUAAGGAAUCAUUCUUUGAGAAUUAUGAGGUGAUAAUUUCGGUUGGGGCGUGGUCAAAUCCAAUAAAGACCGAAGGUCAAAACAUAAAAGGAAGGUACAUGUCCUCCAGUAGUUCUUGUGAAAUCGUUAUAUUGUAAUCUUAUCAACCGUAUUAAAGUUUGUAUGUAUAUUAACUUGAUCACAAAAUUAAUGUUUAAAUUUUUUUAGACAAUGUACAUAUAGUAUAUGUUUAAUGUAAUAAAUAAAUCAAAUUAAAAGAG